AUGGAGAUUGCCCGAGUUUACAGCGAUGUAACGAGGGAUGAUCUCGGAAAGUUCAAUGAGCUCUUGCCAAGUCCGUAUAAACUGUUUCCGGAGCAGUUGGAAAGUGCCGUGAUGGCGUAUCAGUUUGAAAUGAAUGCAAUUUUGGUGAGUUUGGGGAGAUUUUACCAGAUUUGACUAUUUUAUUUUUUAAUUUUAGUCAUAAAAAAAUCGUUUCUUUUUAUCAAACUUUUGGCGAAAUUUAUGUCAUAUUUAAGUUUAUGUGGUAUCAAUAGCUUUAUGAGCAAGCUUGGAUUCAAAAACUGAGUUCGUUUGACAUUUUUUGGCCUUAACCUUACCUUAUACAUUAUAACUUUCCAAGAUUUUCUCCGAAAAAAUUGAAUUUUUGCCAAUCUUUGGCUUUCAAAUUCCGAAGGAUUCUGCAAAUCGCGGGUUAAAAAUUUUGCAAAUUUAUUCCAAAAUUGUUGUCUGAUAUUGUCUCCGGUACCAUAAAAGGCAAUUUUCCACACCUUAGCACUCUGAUUUUUGGUAUUUCCCACCUAAUCUUACCUUAUCUUCAGGGUCCCUCUGGAAGUGGAAAAACGACGAUUUUUUGUUUCCUCGCCAUCUACAACUGGUUCGCCCUCCGGCGAAAGACCCUUCUCUUGACCACUCGUCGCGGCGCAGCCAAUGAAAUCACCCUGCGGAUCGUUCGAAUGUCCAAAUUCCUCCUCGAACUCCCCCAAUUCAGACAUCUGAACAACGAGCGACAAUACAUCUGGUGUAAGUUGGAGAAGGACAGCCUUCUGGAACACAAAGACCCUGAGAUCAGAGACGUCUGUUCGUUUGAUCAUGAACAUCCGGAGCAGAUCACAAUGCUCGUCGCGGUCCUCAAUUUCCUCACCUCGGCACCGGUUCUUCGUUUCAAAUGCGAUCGCAUCGUCAUGGAUGAGGCCUCUUCCGUCUCCACGCUGAAUUUUUAUACGCUUCUGGCUGUGCAGAACAUGGAGAAACGCCAUCUUCCACAACAUUUGACCAUUUUCGGUGAGAUAUUCGGAUUCGAUGAUAUUACACAUGACAUUAUUUACAUGAUUAGUGAUUUUUUUGCUUUUUCAGGCGACCAAUUCCAAUUGAGUGCCCGCUUUUCGAAGGAGACCUUCCUUGGCGACAAAGACGAGAAAGAUUUCGGCUUCGAUGAGUCGGCUUUGGUCCAACUUUUGAAGUGCAAAUUACCGUGCACCCAGAUGAAAAGCACGGUCAGAUCUCCCAAGGCCUUGUGCAAGAUUAUCCAGCCCUUUUAGUGAGUUAAUUUUUGUUCAAUUUCAAUGCGAUUUUUGGUCUGAAAUAUGCAAUUUGUUUUAUUUUUCAAUUAGCAUAAAUUUGCAUAUUUAUGUUAAUUUUUAGAGGGGAAAUUUUGAUUUUUGUGUAAAUAUGCAAAUUUUUUAAUUUUUUUAAUUAGCAUAAAUUGGCAUAUUUUUGCCGUUUUGAUAAUUUUUCUUUUUCUGAAGAGAAAUCUUGAUUUUAUACGACCUUUCGGCAUUUCUUAUUUAAAUAUGCAAAUUUUCGCAAAAUUUUUUAAUUAGCAUAAAUUUGCAUAUUUUUGAUAAUUUUUGUUUUUUGAAGAGAAAUCUUGAUUUUAUACAGAAUUUUUUAUUUAAAUAUGCAAAUUUUUAAUUUUGAAAAAUUUGAAUUUCUGAAUUAUUUUUCGAAUUUUUUGAUUUUUCCCAAUUUUUCAGCGACUACACCAUCUCAGCUGAUCUCACCGCCCUCGCCAGACCGUUGGCCCUUCGUUUCGAUCCUUUCGGCGGCCUUUGUGAUCUUCACCGCAUUGUCCACCCAAAAUUUGUUUCAAUUUUUAUUAAUUUACCCGCCAAAGACGCGAAUGGAAACCAUUUCUGUGCCGCUGACGGAAGACGGGACUCCGAGCCGGACCGAAGAUUGAAUCUCAUCAAUCGACGCAAUAUCCACUAUGCACUCUGCAUUUUUGAUGCGAUUUUGGAGAGGAAUUCGGACAUCUCCAACAAGGAUUGCCUUUAUUUGACGCCGUAUCGGGGUAGGUUGAGAGGAAUUGUGCGUUUUUGGAGAAAAUGUCAGAAAAAGUGGGUAUUAAGAAAUCCAACUUCUGAAAUGCGCAAAUUUUAGUUCAAAAAUGAAUUUUCAGCUCUCUGUAGAUAGUUAUGAUAAUAUUUUUCUCAUUGAAAAAUAACAUUUCCCCUGAGAAAUCGCUUAAAAAUUCACAUUUCUUUUUGAUUUUUUAAAAAAAAUUUUCCGCAAAUUUAUGCAAAUUCCAGUCCAAGAGUCCGAAUUCCACCAUCGACGCAGCAAACCCGGCGCCACUGGCUCUAUUCGCGGCCAAACAAUCGACCGCGCCGUCUCCACCGAAGCUCCUUUUGUGCUCCUCGACCUGGUCCGCACCUCUUCCAAUGGAUUCAUGAAUGGAACCCCCGAGGAAUGGCCGGCUUAUGGGACCGCCCAGAGACUGUUGGUGGCGCUGAGUCGCGCCACUCGCGCUCAGAUCAUCAUUGGAAGUGUGGGGAAUUCGCUGGGCACCCCGUCCAAUCCCAUCGAGAAAUUGGCCGCGUAUCACCGCGAUUCCCGGGAUUCUUUGGUCGGGUAUAUUGAUAUGCCCAGCUCCAGAUUCUCCAGCGACCAUUAUAAGGUCUAA